CGGCAAUAAUAUCGACCAGCAGCACCAAGACACGACUGCAGGCUGCUGACCGCCUGCUGCUGCUGCCAUUGUGCAUCGCAAUCCGCUACAUCUUUUACUCCUCUUGCUCCAUCACACACACCACAUCCCACAUCCUCUCUCUCCACAAACACGCUUGCGUGACUACAGCCGCGAUCCGCCCCGCCCCCCCGCCCCGCCCGCUCCGCAUAGCUCCACACUCCGGCGUCACACCGACCGCGUCCGAACUCACCGCCUACCGCCGUUCCUGUCGCCCGCGGGCCCAAAAGUCCGGGAUCAAGCGCGCGCGCACGCAUAGCAUACCACCGUCGCCGCCGACGGACGACGACGAGAGCGAACGACGUCCAAAGUCUGGCUCACUUUCGUCAACACGCCACUUGGUCGUUCCUCGAUCCCAUCACACACCCGCAUACACGGCCAUCUGACGCCGAACUAGAACUACGACGUCGACGACGACGCGAGUUCGACGCUCGCCUCAUUACCACGGCACACACUUAUCUCUCCAACAAGUCCAUCGACGACUCGUUGCCCUUUACCCACAUUCCCCACCCCCCCUACUAACGGCGUCGUCCCACUGGGACCAUAGCCCAUCAUGGACACGCCAGCGCCAACCAGCAAUGCAAAGCCGGCAAAGUUCAAGCUCGACCCCAUGUCGCUCUUGCUGCCCCACGAGCGCGUCGCCAUGCUAGGAGCACAGAAGCCUCCAUCCGCGGCUGCGGCUGCUGCACAGGCUGCCAACCCCACCGCCGACCCCUACGCCGCAUUCCGACAGCCGCCUGCACCGGUUCACGCGACCGGACAUCAGAUCGGCCGUCCUGCGCCGCUAGCUCAGCCUAGUCACUAUGUCCCCGUUCCACCAGGACAAGCCGCGCCGUUAUCACCACCCGCGUCGCUCAUGUCGACGCCGCCCUCGGCGUGGGACGCUUCGUCUUCCUGGGGCGGCAUGGAGGGCGUGAUCGAGGGCUCGGCGUCGGGACAGUGGCAGGGACGGUUCCCUGCAGGCGGAUCAAGCCUAGGAAUUUAUCCUCACGGUUGGCACCCACACCGCGGACAAGCACGGUUGCAAGACUGGGAGAUUGUCGAGACGCUCGGCACUGGCACGUUUGGACGUGUUUUACUGGUUCGCCAGAGGCCAUCUUACCGGCCGACGGCCUACCACCCAAUCUUCCCGCACCUGUACCAGUCGCCGGAUCCGCAUUCGCCGUCCCCUGCGUCGACACAACAAGCCGACGGACAGCUGCCUCACUUUGCCAUGAAGGUGCUGAGAAAGUCUGAGAUUGUGCGCCUCAAGCAGGUCGAGCACAUCAACUCUGAGCGGCGGAUCCUCGAGCGCGUGCGGCAUCCAUUCAUCGUCGAGCUCUACUCGACAUACCAGGACAACCUCAACGUCUACAUGCUGUUGUCCUACAUUCCCGGUGGCGAAUUGUUCUCACACUUGCGACGAGCGGGGCGUUUCUCUGCCGACGUCACGAGGUUCUACCUGGCGUCCAUUGUCCUCGCGAUCGACUACCUCCACUCGAACAAUAUCAUCUACCGUGACCUCAAGCCGGAGAAUUUGUUGCUCGACCGGACAGGCUACCUCCGCAUUGCUGAUUUCGGAUUUGCAAAGGUGGUCGAGGACCGAACCUUCACGCUUUGCGGUACUCCCGAGUACCUAGCGCCGGAGAUUGUCCUGUCGCAAGGCCACGGCAAGGCUGUCGACUGGUGGGCGCUCGGUAUCCUGGCAUUUGAGAUGCUCGCAGGCUACCCGCCCUUCUUUGACGACCACCCGCUCGGCAUCUACGAGAAGAUCCUGCGCAACGAGGUGGCGUUCCCUUCGCACAUCGACCCGUACGCCAAGGACUUGAUUCGGGGUCUGUUGACCGCGGACCGAACGAAGCGUCUCGGCAACUUGCGCGGCGGCGCACGCGAUGUCAUGAACCACCCGUGGUUUGCCGGUGUCGACUGGGGAUCGCUUGAGAGGAAGGAGAUUGGAGCGCCGAUUGUGCCGCGGGUCGGCAGCAUGAGCGACUCUCAAAACUUCCAACGAUACCCGCCACCGCGGCCGACGGAACUGCCGGGUAUCUUCGGCACGCCAUACGACGCGACCGAGGACCCAUACGAAUCCCUGUUCCGCGAGUUUAGCUUUCCCAGCGGCCGUGCCGCUGAGGACGUAAUGGACGAGGAGUAGGUGUAGUAGUAGAUGGGACUAGAGUUUUUUUUUAUGCGAGCCGACUGGGCACGCUUUUCUAUGCAUAUCUGGGUUUUAGGG